UUGCACUGCACCUUUGACGCAGCUUGACAGUUUUUCGUGGACAUAAACAUGGACGUGAGUCAGAAAGCCGCUCCUGCAGUCUUGUUUUUGCAUCAAUAAAUGUGACACCAGCCUGGACGACUUGAAGGAGAACUCAACGAAGGAUAAAUUACUGCAAUAAAAUAAACUCUGCUCUUUUCAGAAAGAGAAGGUGACGUCCUCGUUUACCUGCCGCAGCGGGAGCUCCUUUUGUCUCGAACAGCUGUGUUGUUUUCACCGCGUCAACAUGGACAUGUACGGAUACAGCGGGCUCUUCUUGGUGAAGAGAUUCACGGACAGUGGAGACUUGGAGGUGACGAACAUGUCUGACAUCAACAAGGCGAAUCCCCACGGCUGCGACAACGGAGCUUUGACGGACAGGUUCGGCGUCCUGAUCCAGGGACUCCUGGCGAUCGUGGCCUUCAGCACGCUGAUGUUGAAGAGGUUCCGGGAGCCUGUGGGGAUCAGACGCCCGUGGAGGAUCUGGUUCUUUGACACGUCUAAGCAGGCCAUCGGCGCUCUUUUCAUUCACUUUGCCAACGUCUUCCUGUCCACGCUCACCGAAGAGGACCCAUGCUCCCUAUAUCUUAUGAACUUUCUGCUGGACGCCACGUUGGGGAUGCUGGUCAUCUGGCUCGCUGUGAAGUUGACGUCCAAACUGGUGGAGUACAAGUGUUGGACUCUGCUCAUGUUCGGAGAAUAUGGUGACCCUCCUCAGGCGGCGGCGUGGCUCGGUCAGUGUGGGAUCUACCUGCUCAUCAUGGUGCUGGAGAAAGGAGUGAUCAGCCUGGUGCUGCUCGUCCCCGGGUGGUCCAAACUGCAGGAGGUGCUGCUGAGCUACAUCGCUAACCCUCAGGUGGAGCUGCUGCUGGUCAUGCUCAUCGUGCCGUUCAUCGUCAACUCCAUCAUGUUCUGGGUCGUGGACAGCUUGAUGAUGAGGAAGUUCAAGACGAUGAAGAGCCUGGACGACUCGUUCGACGACUCGGUGAAGAAGGCCGACUCGCUGAACGGCGAGGAGUCUCGGGUCCUUCUGACCAUCGACACAGACACAGACGAGGCUUCAGAGGGUGAAGAAGACUCCGAUGAUAUGGGGCCCCUCCCUCAUGUUCAGUACUCUGGAGGACCACUGAGACCCAGCUGGGUGGUGGUGUAAAAAAAAAAAAAAGGAAAACCCAGGUGACAUGACCUCCUACCCGUCCAUCCUCCAUCCACACACUAAACCCCCCUGAGAGCAAAAAAAACAACCACAAACAUGAUGCAUCCUGAAGGUCUUAAUAUCUGCGUCCUUGUAAAGCAAAGGCACAAACUGAAGAUCAUUGAACCUGUGAGCGUGAACUCUACAGCCUCAGCUGGACUUCCUCUGCGCUGACGGUACGACCGGAGCGUCAGUCUGUGUUUGCAUGUUAAAUCAAACGAGCUGUUUGUAGAAUGACGAGCUCUUUAUCCGCUCACCUUGCUGUGAAGCUCCAAGAGAACAUCAGAGGGGGAAAAAAACCACAACUGAGCAUGUGCAGAAAGACGAGCACCCUGAGGGAGGGGCGGCUUUUUAAGAAGUGAUGUUCGUCUUAAGAGAUCAUGUAUCAUAUUCCAAAGAAGAGCAAACGUGUCAUUUAUAUAAACAGGUGCUCAAAGAUUUUACUAUCAACACUUUAAAUCCACUUUUUUUUUUUUUAAUUACAGUCAUUCCGACACGUUCGCCCUUUGGCGGAUUACAAAGGUGGUUAAUGGUUUUAUUAAAGGCCCACAGAUGUUUUAGUUUUUUGCCAUGACGGACCAGAAAGUUGGAAAUAUUGCAGCUGAGGAAAGUUUGAGUUCCUGUCUUAAGAAAAUAAAUCAUGUUUUUGGUUUAAAGGA